UUGCAGACUUGGUGUUGGCGAAGAAGGCAACGGAAAGUCCAGAACAGCAGGAAAAAUGCUUCGUUGUGAAGCAUUUUUUUGCUUAAUUUUGGUAUUAGAUACCAGCUUAACAUCUGUGAAAGGGAAAGAAGAUGUACACAAUGCUGGAAAUGUCACUCAAUUCACUUGUGAUUGCAAUGUGUGUAGAAAAACCACUGUCUGUCAUACAAAAGAGGCCUGCUUUGCAUCCCAUGUGCCUAAUAAAGUURACAUCCAAAGGGGCUGCAUUCAGGAAGGGAAGUUUAACCUUAUGUGUAGAGCAAGUGAAUCAAACCCAUCCAAGCGCCAUGACACAGUUUGCUGUAAAAAWCACAUGUGCAACACAAACCUGAACCCUGCACUACCAACAACACAUGCACUGUCAACAACUACAAAAGCAUACRACACUGAGUUCCUUGUGAUAAGUAUCUGUGCUCCUGUUGCUGCMUUGAUUGUCUGUAUUGCCAUUGUAUACUUAAUAUUCCGGAGAUAUAUCAAAUACCAUGUUCRACAUCAACCAGUACCACGUCAGGAUACAGAGACUUCACAUAUUCACUGUGURUGCAAUCCAUCUGAUAACACUUUGCAGGAUCUCAUUGAUAUGUCAUCUGGUAGUGGCUCAGGGCUGCCUUUACUAGUCCAGCGCACUGUGGCUAGAGAAACUCARCUCAUCGAAACAAUAGGGAAAGGCAGGUAUGGUGAAGUGUGGAAAGGCAAGUACCAAGGUGAAUAUGUUGCUGUAAAGAUAUUCAACAGUACAGAAGAAGCAUCAUGGAAAAGGGAAACAGAAAUUUACAACACCAUAAUGUUACGKCAUGAAUCUAUAUUAGGGUUCAUUGCCGCAGAUGUGCACUCCAGGAAGUCCACUACUUACAUGUGGCUAAUUAUGCACUAUCAUGAGUUGGGAUCCCUGUAUGAUUUCCUUAACAGAUCAACAUUUGAUGCAGAGACCAUGUGUAAACUAGCCUUGACUGCAGCUAGUGGUCUAGCACAUCUCCACACAGAAAUCAAUGGGUUUAAUGGUAUUGGAUGUAAACCUGCUAUUGCUCAUAGAGACAUUAAAUCUAAGAACAUUUUAGUGAAAAGUAAUUACACAUGUGCUGUGGGAGAUCUUGGACUUGCAGUCCUGUACUCUGGACAGAAAGACACUGUUGAUAUGGGAGAUAAUCAAAAAAUCUCUGUGGGGACAAGACGCUACAUGGCACCAGAAGUCCUYGAGGAAAAACUGUACACAAAGUGUAUUUCUUCCUUUAAAAGAGCAGAUGUGUAUGCAUUUGGACUUGUACUGUGGGAGAUAUCAAGACGAUGUGUUUCUGGAGGUAUUGUUGAAGAAUAUCAACCACCUUACUAUGAUAUGGUCAACAAUGAUCCCACAGUGGAAGAAAUGAAGAARGUGGUUGUCACUGAAAACAAGCGRCCCUCCUUACCAAACAGAUGGGUGGGAGAUCCGGUACUAAAUGUCAUGUCAAAGUUGACUAAAGAGUGCUGGAAUGCAAAUCCCUCAGCAAGACUAACAGCUUUGAGGGUAAAGAAAACGUUAUCAAAGCUCAUGGAUACUCUAAAGCCACGAAACAAUUCACUGAAGACUACCCCAAUAAUCAAAGAUGUUGCCAAUGUAAAUAUACACACUGACUCGACCAAAGAUUUGGUUAAAGUUUAAACUUGACGCUGUCUCAUAGUAAAUCUAUAUAUUAUGCUGGAUGGAGUGSAUCUUACUCCUCAGAUAUAGAGAGAAAUACUCUGAAAUAAAAUUACAUGUAAAAUAAAAUUAGUACAUAUGUCACCCUAGAGUAAAACUCAGUAUGGGUCUAAAAUAACGGUUUAUACGAAUAGAGAUAUAUAAACAUGCUGAACUUAGUGUUAUGGACAUCAAAAAUAGAUGCAUUUGUAGGUUUAUCCGUAUUCCAGCCGGAUAUUGAGUUYUGUGAAGCCAUGUCUCGUGAAACUAAAUGUUACAGGAUGCGCCUAAUUGAAAAAAAGUAGUCGGGCUCCAAAAGGCUACACCAAGGCGGUAAAGCCAAGGAAACAUGGAAAGGAAAAUAUUAUUAGUAUAAAAGUGAUUCAAUGCCAAGAUAUUGCCUGCAUUUAAUAAAAUGCUAUGAUGCGAAAUGUUUAGGCAAAUAUGAAUCGAAUUUCUAAGUACUUAAUUUUCCUACAGUGUUAUCUGCGAUGAUAUCAUAUUUUUGCGACGCGACAACGUUUUUUCAAUUGGUGUAUGAAGAAAGUAUCGUAAUAAUAACAUAUAGCUAUUUCCAAAUAGCCGCCAGAUACAACCUCAGCUUACUGUAGGUAUUCAAUAAUGAUCGAUAGAUAAAAUUAAGUCUAUUGCCCACAGUAAUUGUCCAAUUAUUGGAAUAGCUACAGUAGUAAACAAAUAGUAGGAAAUCUGUGACUGAAAGRCAUUCUGCAAGUUUGCGAUUUGUGCGAUGAUUUGAGAUAACAUUUUAUGGAUARGAUAUGAAAAAGAAGAAAUAUUCAAGUUUAUUAAAGAACACUUCUGCUUCUUAUAAACCAUUAAGUCGGUUAAAAUUGCAUGCUUGUAGCAACUUGCCUUAGUCACAUAUACUGCAUCUAUAGUUUACUAUAUCUCUGUAUUAGUACAGAGCUACCAAAGAAUUAGCAUGCUUYAUUGUAGUCUUGUUAAAUCUGUUGCUUGAGAAUGCCGACAAGAACAGAUUUUGARUWGACUAUUUUAGUACGCAGAACAGCUAUAAUGCAAACAACGCUACUACAAGAACUGUAAUUGUAAGUUUAGGUUAUUGACAGAGAAUCAYUGUUGGAAGAGAAAUAAAAGAAAUACAGUAUUUUUUGU